CAACUUCUCCACCUGUCAUCAUGCAACGGCCAUUCCCCUCGCGAUGAACAACAGCGGGAAAGGAAGGGAGCUCUGGAUGCCGAGGGAUGCCCAGCUGCUUCGGAGCCGGCGUAACCUGCCGUAGGUCUACGGUGGUUCCCGACGGAUUAUAAUAAUGUUCCGUUGGAUCGUCUGCCCACAGACUUCAAAUUACUUACUACAAUACGGUAGUAUUCCAAUGGAAAGCCUCGAGCGUCUAUAUUAUACUGUUGUGCCGAAGAUGUAUGAACUAGGCAUCCUGCCGCUGACGGCCGCCCUGCUGGCAACCGUCCCCUUAUUGUAUAUUCUGUACACCGGGUUGAGAGGACCUCUCGCACACCUGCCAGGCCCGGUCUGGACGAAAUUCACUGGGAUCCAAGUCGCAUAUUACAUCGCUCGUGGUACACGGAUGUACCAUCUUCAGGACCUGCACAAGAAAUAUGGUCCGCUUGUCCGAAUCAGUCCGACUGAAGCCUCCGUCUCGGAUCCAGAAGCAGCAAAAGAAAUCCACAAAAGCAGAGGUGGAUACACGAAGACAGACUUCUACGAGAAUUUCUGUUUCUCGCCUACUCAAACCAUCUUUAGCACCACUGAUGUUCGUUUUCAUGCCAAGUGGCGCAAGCUGCUGGCACAUUCCCUGUCAGAAUCUAAUUUGAAGAUCUUCCAGCCCAUCAUACAGACGAAUGUGGAUCUGCUGAUUUCGCAGAUGAAGAAGGAGAAAGUGACGCAAGGCUACGUGGAUCUCCUGAAAUGGCUGAAUUAUUUCACCAUAGACGUCAUGGGAGAGUUAAGCUUUGGCGAGUCCUUUGAUAUGCUUAAAAGAGGCAAAGAAAGUCAGUAUGUCACGGAUAGCCGGAAUCAUGUACCGCUAAAUGUUCUGCGCGUGGCCCUUACCGACAUGCCUCACUCUACAACCAUAAACUGGCCUGUCUGGCCCUUCACUGAGAUCAAAAAGUCCGGUAUUCGACUUGUGGCUGGUGCUACGAGCCGCAUUGAUGCAUAUCGGAAGUAUGUCGCCGAGACUGAGAACCCGCGGGCCAUGUUGCUUGACAAAGUGCUUGGUGCAGAGGGGGAGGGCGCGCCGCCGGAAGCUGAGAUUGUGUCCCAUGCCCAGAUCCUCAUGCUCGCCGGCACAGACACGACCGCAAUUACUUUGUUGUACCUGUUGUGGGCCCUCUACAGCCACCCAGAAGCUCUUUCGAGGUUGCUGAAGGAGAUUGAGAAUGCAAAUCUGCCCGAAGCCCCAGAUAAUGAGGAACUCCGCAAGCUGACGUAUCUUGACAAUGUCAUGACUGAGACUCUCCGAGUCUACGGCUCAGCACCUGGCCCGCUUCCGCGCUGUGUGCCAAAAGGCGGUCGUACCAUCUGUGGUCACUAUGUGCCCGAAGAUUUGACGGUCAGCCCUAUCAACUACUGCAUACACCGCGACGAGACUGUGUUCCCCGAUCCAGAGACCUGGAACCCAGACCGAUGGUCGAAUGCCUCCAAACAAAUGAAUGAAGCGAACUUCAGCUUUGGCGGCGGAACCAGGGUCUGCCUUGGCAUGCAUGUUGCGAAAAUGCAGAUAAGGAUGGCAACGGUAGCGAUAUUAAAGGCGUUCGGAGAUGCUGAGCUCGCGUAUGGCCUCAAUGGCUUUCGGCCAGAGGGCAUGAAGCAGUUUGAUGCUGUGGCUGCGAAGCCGUGGGAAGAGCAGAUGUUGAUCAGGUAAAGUCGCUGACUGCUGCCACGUUAACUUCUUGGGGUUUGCUCUAUGAAUGUUCCUAAAUAUGUCUUUACGAUUCAUUUUCCAAUGAGGACUAGACAUGCCUGCAAUGGUUCAGGCUCCUAGCCUUGCCGGAAACAGGGAUAGGAAAGGAGCGGCACGCUGAGCAAUCGUAUCGGGCUAUUGAGGCACACUAGAAGCACGUGUCGAGGCGCACAUGCUUGCUAUUGGUGCGGGAGAUAUCUAGUACAUAACCAUCUACUGGUACCCGGUACCUAUUAUUAGACUUAUGUAUACAAACAAACCUUAGAUGGUCGC